CUGGAGUAGUUCACUUCUGUUUGGUGCGGCGGUGUGAAUUAAAUAUCGUGAACAACGCGCACCGUCGGUACAACAAGUGAAGUUCAAAUAGUUGAAUAAAUAAUCGAGUAACUCUUGUUGUUGUUCAAGUCGACGACGAUCUUCAGAAAAUUAAAUUUUUCUAAGCAACAAAAAAAAAAAUCAUCUUCCGUGGAUUAAAUUAAUAUAAAAGAAGACAAGUGGUCAAGGAUUUUUUUUACCCGGAGUUUUUUUUCACGGGGCUCAUUUCGGAGGGAUCGAGAGAGAUUGCAAGAAUUAAUUGGACACGAGGAGAACUGAAUUGCUCCGGGAUACGGAAGAUGACGGGGUUGAGUGCCGGGCUCUACCGGCCUGGAAUAAUUCUAUGGCUGUUAGCCCUUCUCACUUUACGUGCCACACAUUCCGCGCCAGUAUACGACGAGGAUGCCACACAAGUUGCCGAGUACGAAAGCUCUGCUACUGGAUGUUAUUAUAACUUUCAACAUUACGAGGAAGGCGAGAGAAUACUUACGAAUGAGCCAUGCUUGAAUUGCACGUGUCACAAUCGAAUGUUGAUGUGUUAUCUACGUGUUUGUCCAUUUACCAAGGCCAUAGGUCAGGAUUGUACCGUGGAGAAACGUCCGGAUCAGUGUUGUCCAGUGAUAACAUGUCCAGAAGUUCCCGUACAAUUAUUGACCUCCACCACCAGUGCACCAUCAACGGACUCAACUGAAAUUGGAUUUCCCGAUACUUAUGGAUGCAGUGUUGAUAAUAAAUUCUACGCCGAUGGUGCACAAUUACCCACUGAUUCUAAUAAUCCCUGCGAGCUUUGCUACUGUAUCAGAAAUAAAACUACUUGUCUCAUGCAAGACUGCACACUCAAGGUCUCGGGCUGUGAGCCAGUUUAUCAUCCAGGAAUUUGUUGUCCAGUCAAAUACAAUUGCGAAUACGACGAAUUUGGAGCACCUCUAACCCAAACUCCUGGCUUGAUAAUGACUACGACCAUGGCCCCUGGACUUGGUGCACCUCAGUGUUUCCACAAAGGCAGAGUUUACGACGACGGUGACUCUAUUCUCUCAACGGAGCCCUGCCAACAGUGCUACUGUCUCCGCGGUGAUAUUGCUUGUGCGGUUCGAGAAUGUGGAAGUCCAAUGCAGACUCAUGGAAAGAAUUGCACUGCUCUACCACCACCCGAAGGCGAAUGCUGCCCAACCACGUACGAAUGCGAGGGCUUCAAUGAAUUGAUAGUGGAUGAGGAACAACAUCCAGUGACUCCCGAUGAGAACGAAAUCCAGGCGACACAAGCACCACUGCCAGCCGAUAAAGAGGGAGAAGAGCAGAAGCCGGAGGAGAUCUUCCCGGGUGCUGACAAUGCAAUUCCUUCACAAGCUGAGCACACUGAAAGGACCCCUGCCGAAAGUGUCACCCUGCCCGAGGACAAUGAAGUCCCGGAGAAGGAGCCAGUUUUGCCGAAAGAGACGACAGAGCCAUCAGCUGUGACAGAAGCUGAAGGCCCCUCUACAGAUACUGAGCAGAAGACUGAGGCUCCAGAGCUUGAGACCAAGAUUGGGGAGGGAGAGGAGCAGACGACUGAGAACGUGCAGAAACCAGAGGAACCUGAAAUCGUACAGAAACCAGAGGAGCCUGAGGACGCCCAGAAACCCGAGGAACCUGAAGUCGUGCAAAAACCUGAGGAGCCUGAGCUCGAGCAAAAACCAGAGGAGCCUGAACAAGAAACGACUCAUCGUCCCACUCCAUCAAGUACAAAGCCAAUGAUUCCAGCAAGAAAAGACGAUCAAAUUCCCGAAGAAGAAUUCGGAAUGACACCCGAGGGAGCUACUGGACCCCCUGAGGAGCAGGCGACCGAGGCCCCUGAAUUGGAGCAAGCGACAGAGAAACCUCAGCUGCAGACACCAUCGGAGACACCUGAUUUAGGUCAGCAAACGGAAACACCUGAAAUCCCUGUUGAACCAAAGCCAACCGAGGGACCAAUCGAAGAAGACAAGAAGGUGCCUGAAGGUGAAGAGCCAAAGCCUGUUGAUUCUAGUGUAACUGUUGGGGAGCCAGAGGUGACUACUGAGGAAGCUAAAGAAGUGGAAGAGAAGAAACCGGAAGAGGGUACCGCAACAGAAGCCGCUGUGACUGAAGGAAUCGUAACGAAGACAUCCGAGGCCGAGGGCACUUCAACAGAAGAACCGAAAGAAGAGGUGAAGCCAGUGGAUGAGGUGAAGCCAAUUGAGGAAGAGAAACCGGUCGAACCUGAAGAAAAACCACUCGAGAUGACUCCAGCACCGUCGGAGGGAGAGACACCAUCUGGUGAACAGAUAACAGAGGGACCCGAGGCGGAAACCCCAGAGAUACCGACUGAAGGGCCAGUUGGCAUAUCCGUCUCCCCGAAACUGCCAGAGAGAAAGGCUGAAGAUGAAGAGUCAGUGACUGAAAUUCAUGUAACUGAGGGCUACGAUAAGACAGAGGCAGAAAGUCAGGCGCCUGAUAGUCUUGUGACUGAAGCUCCAGGGGUCAGCGAGCCAGUCGUACCGGUGGAGGAACAUAAACCCGAGGGAGAACAGAAACCUGAAGAAGAAAAACCAGAGGAGGAGCAGAAGCCAGCGGAGCCUGAAUCAUCGCAAGCCCCUUCGACUGAAUCCACUGAAGCAUCCGGAGAAACUCCCACGGAGGAUAUCCAGGGAAUACCUUCAUCCACUGAAGCUGCUGAGACACCCACAGUGUCCGGAGAAGGCUCGACUGAAUCCAGCCAAUCGACAGAGUCAUCCGCCGAGGAAAUGCCGACGAAGGGACUGGAAGUAAGUGGAGAGACCAGUUCCGAAGAGACAAGUUCGGAAAUACCAAGUGGAACUCAACCAACAAGCUCCGAGGAAACUUCGUCGGAAGAGGCUGAGGAGCAUCCCACUUCCCCCAGCAUAGUUAGACAGCCUUCGUCAGCGCAGCCAACAGAACUUCCGAGUGAGAUUAGUACCGAGGGCACGACUGCGUCUCCAACUCUAGAGGAACAACAAACUGGACAACCCGAGGGUGUGGGCGAAUCUGGAGAACAGGAAAAGACCACUGAAGAGACACCAGUCAGUGAAUCGAUUCCAUCUGAAGAAACAACUGGAACAUCGCCCGCUGAAGAGCCUGUCACUGUUCCAACAUCUGGCGAUGUUUCUGAUGUAACAUCUGCACCAGCUGGAGAGGGUGAGCCCGUGGAGAUGACCGGUGUCCCAGAAACUUCAUCCCCUGAAGCGCCAAUUGCUGAAGAGAAACCUGAGGCCGGUGAAGAACAAGUGACUGAACUGCCACAGACUCCUGAGGAACCCACUGAAGAGAAGACUGAGGCUCCUGAAACCAAACCUGAAGAAGGAACAAUUCAACCGGAGUCAUCGAUUUCUCCAGAGGAGCCAACCCAGCAAUCGAUUUCUGAUGCGGAGGAGAAGCUUACUACGGAGAGCACAGUUGCACCGGAGUCGGUCAAGCCGACGGAAGGUCCAAUUGCCGAAGAGAAACCAACUGUUUCUGAUGAACAAGUAACGGAAGUCCCCAGUUUGGAAGACAAAUUGACGAAAGGUCCAAUUACUAUAGAAACAGUAACAGAAGGUGCAAUUGGCGAAGAAAAGCCAACGGAAAGCACAAUUGCUGAGGAAAAACCGACGGAAGGUCCGACCACUGAAGAGAAGCCAACGGAGGGUCCAAUUGUUGAGGAGAAACCAACAGAAGGUCCAACUGUUGAAGAGAAGCCUACGGAAGGCCCAACUAUUGAAGAAAAACCGACGGAAGGUUCAAUUGCUGAAGAAAAACCAACGGAAGGCGCAAUCGUGGAAGAGAAGCCAACAAUAGGUCCAGUCACUGAAGAGGAACCGACGGAAGUUCCCAUUGUCAAAGAGACAUCCACCGAUGGGUCACUUGGCGAAGAAAAACCCACCGAAGUUCCAAUUUCUGAUGAGAAGCCAACAGAAGGUCCAAUUACCGAAGAGAAACCAACAGAAGCCCCACUUGCCGAGGAGAAACCGACUGAAGGUCCAAUCGCCGAGGAGAAACCGACGGACGGUCCAAUUACGGAAGAAGAACCGACGGAAGGUCCAAUUGCCAAGGACACACCCACGGAAGGACCAGUUGCAGAGGAGAAACCCACCGAAGGUUCAAUUUCUGAAGAGAAACCAACGGAGAGUCCAAUUGCUGAGGAGAGACCAACUGAAGGCCCAACUGUUGAAGAAAAAAUAACUGAAGGUCCGAUUGUUGAGGAGAAACCAACGGAAGGUCCCAUUGCUGAAGAGAAACCAACGGAAGGUCCGAUUGCCGAAGAGAAACCAACGGAAGGUCCGAUUGCUGAAGAGAAACCAACGGAAGGUCCGAUUACUGAGGAGAAACCAACAGAAGGCCCAGUUGUUGAAGAGAAACCCACAGAGGGACCAGCUGUUGAAGAGAAACCAACAGAAGGCCCCGUUGCUGAAGAGAAACCCACAGCAGGCCCAGUUCCUGAAGACCAACCGACAGAAGGAUUGCCGGAUGAAGAGAAGCCUACGGAAGGUCCCAGUGCUGGAGAGAAGCCAACCGAAGGUCCCAUUGCUGAAGAAAAACCAACGGAAGCUCCAGUAGCCGAAGAGAAACCCACGGAAGGUCCACUUGCUGAAGAAAAACCAACGGAAGUUACCACUGCUGAAGAGAAACCAACGGAAGGUCCAAUUGCGGAACAGGAACCAACGAAAUCAGCCGAAGAACCCGUAACUGAAGGUUCAGGCGAGCCAGAAGAACCCGAGAAGACUUCCGAGAUUACUCCUAGUCCAGCUGUCGUCAGUGACCAAGUGACGGAAACAGCUGUGCCCGAGGAAAAACCUGUUCUUGAGGAAAAACCUACUCCAUCUGAACAGCCUGCCGAACCAUCGACAGAAGGACCGAAACCCAUCGAGGAGGGAAGUGUCACCGAAGCUCCUGUUGUGGAAGAGAAGCCCACGGAAGUAGCAGUCCCCGAAGAGAAACCCACAGAAUCUAACGAGGUUCCUACUGGCACCCCUGAAGAGAAGCCAGAGGAGCCAGCCCAGACUACCGGAACUGAAGCAGCUGUUCCUGAAGUGACGGAGGGAACACCGUCUGAACAACCAAUUGAACAAGAAACCUCUGCGCCCGAACAGAAGCCUGAAGAACCCGAGGCAACGCCAUCGGCGCCCGCUCCUGAAGAACCAAUCACUCAUACCCCUGACGAUCAAACUUCCGCUCCACACGAGGAUAAAACGGAAACUCCCACUGAGCCACCAACUAAGGCAGUUCCAGAAAUUUCAACGGAGCCAUCAGCAGUCACUGGAGAAACUAGUGAAUUACCCGAGCAGAAACCUGAGAUUUCAACCGAAGAAACGACUGAUUCCACCUUCGGUGAACCCUCUUCCGCAGCUCCUGAAGAACAACCGAAGGAAGGCGUCUCUCCGGAGGUUGUAACAGAGGCCGCAGCGACCCUCAAACCUGAGGAGAAAAUCACGGAAAUGCCUGACGAACAAAUCACAGAGGGGCCCGCAGAGAAAAUUACAGAAAAACCUGAGGAGCCCAUAACAGAGGCUCCUGAAGAGAAACUCCCGGAAACACCUGCCGAACAGAUCACCGAGGGACCUGUAUCAGAAAUUACCGAGAAACCUGAGGAGAAGCCAACGGAAGGCACUCCAGCUCCAUCAGAAUCCGUAACUGAAGGAACAGCUGGCGAGGAGAAGUCAGUUACUGAGGCUCCCGUACAGGAACAAAUGCCUGAACAGCCAGAGGAGAAGCCAGUAGAACCUAAAGAGUCUGAGAAGCCCGAACAAGAAGUGCCCGUCACCGAGGCACCUGUUAAAGGUGUUUCAGCCCCAAGCAUCGGAGAAUACAGCCCUCCAGGAAUUCCGGGAGAAGGAAAUUGUCUGGUGGAUGGUCACAGCUACAACAACAACUCCGCUAUUCCACCUGCUAAUCCUUGCCAAUUGUCCUGUAGUUGUAUCAGCAGCAUAGUUCACUGUGAACUUGUCCGAUGCGCACCACCACCUCCACACAUGACCGACUGCAUGCCAAUCCACUCUGCCGACUCCUGUUGCCCGAUGUGGGUGUGUGACACAUUAUCGACUGUUGGCCUCGAAGCUGAGAAUCAAAUGGGCGAACAACCGACUCCAACUUCUGCUGGAGUAACCGUCGAACCUUCAACUGAAACGCCUGUAAAACCAACGAGCUCAGAAUCUCCUGUAGAGCAAGAGACAGUAGCACCAGUCACUGCUGAAAAGACUCCUGAAGAGCCCUCGUCCGAAGUACCGGCUAGUGAGACGCCUGAACCCCCACAGACAAGUGAACCACAGACUGCAAAACCAGAAGAACCAGCUUCUGAAGCGCCCACCCAAGCACCUGUCUCUGUAAGCAUUACUCCUGAAGAAGAAACUCCAUCUCCCACUUCUGCAAGUUCAGAAGCACCUGUUGAGACUACCGAGUCGGGUAUCCCGGUGGAACCAGUCACUGGGGAAAUUGACUCAAGAAUUCAGGAACCGACACCAGCGGAGGAGCAGCAGACGAGUGCGCCUGAGGUACCGAAAGAAGAAGGAACAUCGCCUGUUCCAGAAGAACCUGCGAGCUCCGAGCAACCUACAGUGGCACCAGAAGAGCAACCAUCCUCUGUAGCCGCAGAAGAGCCAUCCGAGGUGACUGAGCCCCACACGACUGAGCCCGGAAUGUUCAGCACCGAAGGAAUCGACGAAUCGAACUUCACAGAAUUAGCCGUUCCCGAGACUCCUAGCACUGGUCCAGCGACAGAAGUUGAUCUCUCAACGAUAGCCCCUGAAGAGGCCAAACCCGAAGGCGAGAAACCAGCGGAAGGAACAGAGAAACCCGUCGAGGAAACCCCAGGUCCAGUUGAGAGUAAACCAGAGGAGGAGACGCCAGUUACCGAGGAACCAACCCCUGAGGGCCAAACUGAUGCAGCUUUACCAGAAGAGAGUAAAACUCCGGAGACUGAAGGACCAACCGAGGCGCCAGUGACACCUGAAGGCGAGACAUCUCCUGCAGUUGAGGGAGAGACAUUGAAACCUGCCGAGGAGACUCCAAGUACCGAGGGAAUUCCGUCAGUUCCUGGAGAGGUUUCAGAGGAGCCUCAGAAGCCAACUGAAGCCCCUGAGACUCCAGCAGAACAACCCACGAUUGCUCCAACAGUUGAGGAAGGAACGAGUGCACCGGAAAUUCCAGCAGGAGAGGUUACCCCAUCUGAAGAGGCUUCCGGCGUGACGACGACAAAGGGAACCACUGAACAGCCGACGUCGACUGAAGAAGAGACAGCUAAACCUGCUGGAGAAAUUACAGAAACCCCAGUAGUCUCCAUUGAUACCACAUCUCCAGUUGUUCCUGAAGAGGGUACUACUUCUGCUAAACCGGAGGAGACGUCGGUCAGCACAGAAGGAACGGCCGAAGAACAAACGACGAAGCCCGAUGUUACAGAAGCUAGUGAAGUCACUUCAUCACCUGCGACUGAAUCAGUAACAGUUCCCGAGGGUGAAGAGAAAAAACCCGAGGAGAUUCCGAGUGAAGAGAAGCCUACGGAAGCACCUAGUGGCGAAGAAAAACCUACUGAAGUUCCAAGUGAAGAAAAGAAGCCUGAAGAAGCGGUUACACCUGAAACAAUUCCAACUGAAACACCAUCAACACCAGAGGAAACUCCGAGUGAAGAGAAACAGCCUGAAGAGGUUGCUACUGAGGGAGCGAAACCAGAAGAACCCCAAACUGAUCAGCCACCUCAGGAGCAGACUGAGGAACCAUCCAAGACGUCAGAUACUGUAGCUCCUGUGAGUUCAGAGACCGAAGGUCCUGAAGUGACUCCAGUUCCGGAGGCUCCAGUCGAAUCAACGCAAGGAGAACAAGCCACAGAGGCCGAAGUACCUCAAACUCCACAGCCAGAAAAACCCAUCGAAGCGGAAACCGAACCAUCACCUGUCACUGAAGCCAAACCUGAGGAGACGCCUGAGUCAACGGAAGAGCCAAGCAUCAAAACUCCAGCGCCUGAGCAACAAACAACUGAGCCAGCUGUCUCCAGCGAGAAACCUGCAGCAUCUGUGACAGAGACUUCACUUCCUGAAGAGACUCCGAGUGCUCCGACUGAAGAGCAGACUUCACGACCGAGCGACGAAAUUCCAAGUGUCACUGAAGAAGAAAUGAAACCAUCAGAGGAAUCUUCUACGCAAGGCACCUCCGCAGCACCAGCUGACGAUGGAACGAGAGGUUCAACCGAAGUGCCAGUAGAGGAGAAACCGUCGGAGACCCCAGUUACAGAAGAGAAACCGACGGAAGGUCCUAUCUCAGAAGAGAAAUUGACUGAAGCCCCAAUUGAGGAAGCGAAACCAACCGAGGGACCAAUCACAGAGGAGAAACCAACUGAAGGUCCAAUUUCAGAAGAAAAAGUGACUGAAGGCCCGGUAGUGGAAGAAAAACCGACUGAUGUUUCAAUUCCGGAGGAAAAACCAACUGAAGGUCCAACGGAAGAGGAAAAAUCGACUGAAACCCCGAUUUCAGAGGAAAAACCAACUGAAGCUACAGCUCCGGAAGAAAAACCAACGGAAGCUCCAGCAGAAGAAGAGAAACCAUCGGAGACACCAGUAGAAGAGGAAAAACCAACGGAAGGUCCGAUUUCUGAAGAAAAACCAACUGAGGGUCCGAUAUCAGAGGAAAAGCCAACUGAGGGCCCGAUUUCAGAGGAAAAGCCAACCGAGGGUCCGAUUUCAGAGGAAAAGCCAACCGAGGGUCCGAUUUCAGAAGAAAAACCAACUGAGGGCCCGACUUCAGAAGAAAAGCCCACUGAGGUUCCAAGCUCAGAGGAAAAACCGACCGAAGGUCCAGCAUCAGAAGAAAAACCAACGGAAUCUCCCGCAGAUGAGGCGAAACCAACCGCAGCUCCCACGGAAGGAGAAAAGGUAACUGAGGGUCCGUCAGUUGAAGAGAAACCCACAGAAGCCCCCGUCGAGGAAGGAAAGCCAACAGAAGGUCCAGUAAUAGAAGAAACAACAUCUGAACUUCCUGUUGAAGAACAAAAACCCACGGAAGGAUCAAUAGGAGAAGAGAAAUCUCCAGAGACACCAGUCGAGGAGCCCGUGACGACGCAGACGCGUCUCGGCGAGACCCCAGAACCAUCCAAAGAAGUCUCUCCCUCUCUCGAAGAGGGCACCUCGCCCUCGCCGUCUGAGGAGAGCACUCCAUCCAGUUCCGAGCUCCCAUCAUCAUCUGAAGCCCCAGCAAUUCCCGAAGAAUCUUCUAGCCAAACUGGCGAUCUGCCCACUUCCCCUGCCGCUCCUGAGGUAGAAGAAAAACCAACGUCACCAUCAGCAGAAAUACCCCAAGGAGAAACAACGCCACAACCUUCUGAGACCUCCCCCAGUGGUGAAGAAAUAGCAGCAACCAAAGGUCCAUCAACACAGGAAACCCAGGAGCCUGAAAUUGAACAGAAGCCAGUUGAACCAGAGGGAGAGCCAAGCUCGUCUCCACAACCUCCUGAGCUGCCAGAACCUGCCGAUGAGGAUCAGCAACAAGCCCAAGUGCCAGUCUUCCCCGACGAAUCAGAAGAGCCAGAUCUUCAACAAACAGUCGCCCCAAUUGAACACGAGCCCAAGGAACCAACUGAACACCCACCUUAUCUGCCAUCAAGCACACCCCACCCAUCGCACCAGUCUGAAGAGUAUCCCGAGCAAUCAACAGGAGUAGAGAGUCCUAAUUUCCCAGUAAACGGUGGAAGUUAUCUGGAUCACGACGAAGACUACGGCGACGAUGAUCAAGUUUAUGGACCUGGCACCUGUCGCUACGGUGGAAAAGUCUACGUCUCAGCUCAACAAAUUCCACGAGACGAUCCCUGCGAUUUCUGCUUCUGCUUCCGCAGUGACAUCAUCUGUCUCCAACAGAGCUGUCCACCACCGAUACUCGGAUGCCAUGAGGAGCCAAUAAGUGGCUUCUGUUGUCCACGUUACGAGUGUCAUGUGUCGAUGGCAACGUCGCUUAAUGUCACGACAACCACUACGACAACAACCACCACUUUGCCACCUCACUUCCUGUCACACGCUUACAAAGGAGCUACCAAACGAAGUGGCUGUCAAGUCAACGGACGGACGUACGCAGUUGGAGAAGUCAUCACCUCAGCCUCAGGACCUUGCUUAAACUGCAGAUGCGGAAGCGAUGGUAAUAUGAACUGCAAUCCUCGUGUCUGUUCGCCUGAGCCCCUCAUACGGCAAAUGAUCGCCGCAGCAACCGCCAAGAGGAGGAGAUGAGCCAAUCAACAAUACCUCGACUAAAGUCGCGAAUAACUCUCCUCUUCAAAAAUCAUUAAAAAAAUCGAAAAAUUACUUGAUAGAAAUGAAAAACAUAAGAAUGAAUGUAACGUGAAUAUGCGUGUGUGUAUAAAAGUGAAUCUGAACGAAUGGAGAAAAUUUCGAUUGAUUGACGUAAUUCGCGACAAGACGCAGAACACAGACAAUUCAAACAGUGUGCAAUCUUUUUUUUUAUUAUUUUUUUUUUGUUUCCAGUACCGGAGUGAGUGGUUCAAAGCGUAAACGUUUAACAUUUAAAUAUAAAUAUUAUAUUAGGAGAUAGAUGCAGAAGGAUAAUGAACGAUGAAUGAAGAAUACGCGCGUUUCCUGGUGCCAAAAUGCUGCAUUAAAGGACGAUGAGGGAGGCGAAUUUAUUUAAAUAGAAGAACCUAGGAAGACUUGUGGACUGUGCCUUCAUCAGUGCCCUAGGGUGUUCACAACACCACUGGGAAUAACAUAACCCAAUGCUCAGAUUCAUCGGCAUCCCAUGGAUGCUGUGAGAAUCGAUAAAAGUGGGUGAGGGAAUAAAAGCAAAAUACUAACGACUGAUUUCGAAUCAAUGGCAUAUCAAGCAUUUCUGCCAGCGCUCUCAUCGAUUUUGUCGCGAUAAAAGAAAAAUCAAUGACUACGAGAUUUCAAGGACGAUUGGAGAAUUAGAGUUGUUUAGAUAGUCCCCUGGACCACGAUCUGUGUCAGUAACGUGGAUCUUCAAGAGUUCACAUUUGUUUUAAUUGCCAUUUUAGUGCACCUUGAGAGUCUUUCCUAGUUAUUAAUUAAUUUUUUUUUUAAUUCAUAAUUUUA